GUCUUUAAAGUCACUUCCACGUUAAACUCUUUAGGUUCACAUAUCAUAAAACCAUUGUUUCUUGUGCACGGUAUGAAGUUCCUACCGGAAUUUGCCUUAUGUUGGGGUGGCGCAACCAUCACCCCAACGGUGACAGAGGUCGCCUCUGUAACCACUGCCCAGCCGCCGCAGGAGGAGGAGCAAAAUCGCGGGAGAAAUAGCAGUGAAGCUGCUACUCCAGGUGCUAUAAGGGGGAGGGGAAGAAGGGUAGUAAAGCCCAAAAAUGCAGCGAAUUGGAAACCGGCGCUUCGAGUAAUAUCAGAAGAAAGAGUGAUGUCUGAUAUUGUUGGUAAUUGUAGCGGAGGAAGAUCAAAAGAACGUGCAGCUGUUCCAUCUUCUUGCGCCAAAUCCGCUGCUAAAGUUAAAGCUAAAUCUAUUGCUAGAUCCCAAUUAUCUCCUAGACACGGCGACGACUACUGGAAAUCAACAGGUCCGAUGGCCGUGCCAGCAUUUUCGCCGACAGCAUUUUUAUUCUGAGCUUUGUAUUUUGCUGUUCUUAUGUAGUGUAUAUGAAUUGUGAAUAUUAAUGAAUCAAUUUUCUUUUAAGUACCCAAUUUUCUCUCCCUUUUAUUUUAUCUAUUGUAUUAUAAGUUGGAAAUGGAAUAUAAUAUUUCGGAAUUCA